GUUGAAGAUUUAUUAGUUAUUUAUAAGGGAAAGUCGGCAAUCGAAGUCAGGCCAAAUAAAUAUGUGAUGUGAAGACAUAUGCCCAUCAUUUUGAAGGCGUAUAAUUGGAUAUUCAAUUGCGUGCAUUUUGGGAAUGAAAUUCUCGCCGAAAAUAAAGUGAAAUUAUAAAUUAAAUUUCCUGAAUAUAAAUUAUUGUAAUUACUGUUGUUCGCUCUUGUUUUUUUCGAAAUGCUUGCGACAGUUGUUGCGCACAGGUGAAAGAAAAUCCAAUAUGUCCGCAGAAGCAACAAAUGGCAGCAGCCCUUCACCAGCCCCAUCUGCGGAACCCCCAGUCGCUGAGGUCGCACAAUUGGCUUUGGAUGAUGAACCGAAAGUUAGUUUUGCCGACCAAUUCAAGGCUUUUUCCAAAUUUGGUGAUACCAAAUCGGAUGGCAAAUUGAUUACUCUGUCGCAGAGUGAUAAAUGGAUGAAACAAGCUAAAGUAAUCGACAAGAAGAUCACCACUACUGACACGGGUAUACAUUUUAAGAAAUUCAAAGCUAUGAAAAUCUCACUUGCCGAUUAUAAUAAAUUCUUGGAUGAUUUGGCAAAGACGAAAAAGGUCGAAUUAAGUGAAAUCAAAGCGAAGAUGGCUGGUUGCGGUGCUCCCGGUGUAUUACAAGUUUCGGCUGGCAAAGCCGCUUCGGCCGUAGAACGCCUCACCGACACCAGCAAGUAUACCGGAUCUCAUAAAGAGCGCUUCGACGCCUCGGGCAAGGGCAAAGGCAUUUCUGGUCGUAAGGACUUGGUGGAUGCAUCUGGCUAUGUCUCCGGGUACCAGCACAAAGACACAUACGAUACCGCUCAUUAGAGGCAACAAAUGGACAUUCAUUCAUAUAUAAUCGUUAAAAAAUUAUAUAAUUGAAAAAUCACAAAAAUGCACAAAUGAGCGUAAAUGUAGAUUUCCAGAUUCCACAAUCCUUUGCAACGCAUUUUUUAAUAUUCAUGCUAAAAUACUUUAUCUGGUACACCCUCCCCAGCAAAGUGUUGAAUUUUUGUGAUACUUUAAAUUAAUAUUAAACGAAUAAAAUGAUCUAAAAUACUUUAUUUACUAAAGAUUGGCUCUCAA